AUGUCUGACUCCGAGAAACUUCUAGAUUCUGACCAUGAAUCUUUGCCUGGUCCUAGUGUACAUUCGUUGCCUGAUGGUAGUUCUACACAUCAUACUGGUAAUAACGACUUGGUGGAUACAUUCUCGCUGUUUAAAACCUAUCUUGACGGGAAGAUCGCUACUCUUCACAAAGACUUGGCCGUUGGCAAUGAGAACUUUGCUACCAAACUCAAGCAAGAAGUGUCAGUUAAACUUAAAGGUGAGGGUAACCAGAUACAGUUCAAUUUCAAUUGUAAAAUUAUGGCCGACCUUGUUAAGCUUCAGAAGCGUAUUCCUGAUGAAGAUGCAGCAUGUCUUAAAUUGGUAUCUGGUGCUAACCUCAAAGUUAAGAAGCGUAAUAAACUCAUCCGCAUUGCAGACAAAUCUCCCGCAGGCUGGAAAACCGUCCGUGAAUAUGAGAGUGACGACCUUGCCUCCGACUCAGAAGAUGAGAAACGCAUUUGUUCUGCAGAAAGCCGUGCCAUUAGGAGUAUCAAGGAAAAGAAAAGACCUCAUCCUUAUAGAACCGUUACAGCUACUGUUUCUGCUCCUCCUGCUCCAAUGCCCAAUCAACAUAAUGUUCGACAAAACAAUUAUCAACAGCCGCCCUUUCGGACCAGCAGACGGAGGGAACCCUCAUCUCAUGACAUCUGUUACAACUGCAACCAGCUUGGUCACUGGCGAACUCAGUGCCCCCUUUUCAGUACAAAACCAGCUGUCCCAGGUGCAAAUGAAUUUGUUAUCAAAACUAUCAAACAUGGUUACGUUAUUCCAUUUUUGAAGACUCCUACAACUAUGUCAUUUAAGAAUAACAAAUCUGCAAAUGUCCAUUCUAAAUUUGUAAAUGAAGCAAUUUCAGAAUUACUGAAUAUCGGAUGUGUUAUUGAAACUCCAUUUCAACCGUUUGUUGUAAAUCCGCUCAGUGUUGCAGUUCAAAGUUCGGGCAAAAAGAAAGAAUAA